AUGGUUUAUCUAUUUGACAUCCCCGCUUAUUUUAUUAUCUUGCGUGAAACGCUCGAAGUUACGAUCAUUCUUGCUGUACUUCUAGGCUUUAUUGACAAUCUUUUACCUGAUGAUAAAGACAUUGCCUUGCGAAAGCAGUUUAAAAAACAACUAUGGAUUGGGUCAUUGUUAGGGUUAAUUGUGUCACUGCUCCUUGGUGGUAUUUUUAUUGCUGUUUUCUACACUGCUGCUAGAAAUUUAUGGAAUGAAAGUGAACCUGCGUGGGGUGAGUUCAUCACAAAUGAGGGCACCUUUUCCCUUAUUGCCACUAUCGUUAUAACUAUAAUGUCAUUAAGUAUGCUUCGUGUCCAGCAAUGGAAAAAAAAAUGGGAAAAUAAACUCCAAGGUGCAACCGAAUUAUAUCUCGAACGACAUAAUAAAGGAAACAAAUGGGCACUAAUAUUACUGCCUUUCACGGUCAUUUGCCGCGAAGCAUUGGAAUCAAUCGUAUUCAUUGCUGGGGUUGGUUACGAUAAAGAUGCCUCCGGACUUCCUAUCCCUAUUAUUACGGGCCUUAUUACUGGCUUCUUCAUAGGAUGGCUUAUAUAUAAAGGCUCUCACACCAUUUCGCUUAAAAUAUUUUUCAUCGCCACAACUACCUUAUUAUUAUUCAUUGCUGCUGGUCUUUUCUCUAGAGCCGUUUAUGAAUUUCACGAAAUCUCUGGUGCUCAAAAGAUCGUUGUUUGGCAAUUAAAUUGUUGUGAUCCGGAAGGAGAAAAUGAAUAUUUUUGGGCUAUCAUGGGUGCAAUAUUUGGUUGGAGAAAUGUGGCUACUGUUGAUUCAACAGUUAGCUAUUUCGUCUAUUGGUUUGUAAUAAUCAUUGCGUCUGUGAUAAUAAUAAUCCGAGGAAAGAAAGCCGACGACGAUGUCAUUGACACCAUAGAACACAAUGAUUCUAGCGAAAAAGACGAAAAAGACGCAGCAAAUAACGAUAUCGUUUAA